UUCCAGGGUUAUCAUGCCAGAAACGGAGCUUCACGUGAUAUUCGACCAGCCUAACGAAGUUUUCUUCCCGGGACAACCGAUUUCCGGCCGAGUGGUGCUCUCAACGACGAAGGAAAAAUACAAGGCUCGGGCGGUGAAUAUCAAAAUUUUGGGAUUGGCUCACACCAGUUGGACGGAUUAUGAGAGUGUUCGCAGAGUUGACGCCGACGGAAAAGUGAGCCACCACCGGCAAUCUGUGCACUACUCUGCGAAUGUGAACUACCUGGAUUAUACAUUGCUUCUGUGGGCUUGCAAAGAUGGAUCGAACGAGUUAGCAGCUGGAGAAUACGCCUGGUCAUUUUCUUAUAAUCUUCCUCUCAACGUUCCGCCAAGCUUUGAGGGAAAAUAUGGAUAUUUGAGAUACUCGGUGACAGCUGAAGUGGAUCGGCCAUGGAGAUUGGAUAAGGCAAAGAAGCGAUGCAUCACUGUUUCCCCACUGAUCGACCUCAAUGUGAUCCCCCAUGCACUCACCCAAAUCAACGACCAGGCUAGCGAGAACCUUGGCUGUUGCUGCUUCAAAAAAGGAUAUCUCGAACUUCGUGUAAACAUCCCGAAAACUGGAUUCGUACCCGGCGAGACUGUUCCCAUGAACAUCCAUAUUCUAAAUCACUCCUCCGUUCCCGUCACCGAAGUCAAGGCGAAAAUUAUUCAGCAGUGCAAGUUCAUUGCAUAUCGAAACGGUACCACCUUCCAUUAUGGCGGAGGCUAUGAGACUGGAAUGUCCGGACAGCUUCAGGAAACCAAACACGACACGAAGACCGUCGUCAAGCAUGGCCAGGAAAUGACAGUGGCUCCCAGGAAUGAGCACAAAUUUGCGAUGGAGCUCCGUCUUCCGUCUGUAACUCCAACCAUCAAUCAGUUCUCACCGGUGAUUACUGUAGAGUACAUUGUGCAAUUCCACGUGGAGACCAGCUCAACAUUCGGGAGUGAUGUUGAUUGUGAAAUGGGGAUCCUGAUUGGAACAGUGCCUAUUCGGCAGUUCCUUCCACCAGCCUACUAUCCACAGGAUCCGAAUCUUCCACAGAUCCUGCCAACUCCGAUUGGAGGAGGGGUUGUUGCUCCACCACCAGGGUAUGGAUUCUUGCCGAUGGCAGAUGGCUCGGAGAAGGGAGCUGGUGAUGCAUCAUAUCCAGCUGCCAGCAUGCCAAUGUAUCCUAUUCCGAAUGUCCCAUAUCCUAGCAAAGAUGAUGGUACUGUAGUGAUUCCAAGUGCUCCACCACUAUCCUACGAAGAAUCAAUGUUUGGACAAGAUGGAACCGAGCUCAACACUGAUGAAAAUGAGCAACCAUUUGCUCCAAAAUACCCGGUUUUCAACAAUUUGCCAGUUUAUAAUCCGACAGCGCCACCACCGGAAUAAUCCGAAGAAUGAAGGAUUUUCAUCGGACUCUGCCCUGCUUUGCCGAAUAUUGUUCAAAAUUAUCAUUGCUUUUAAAAUGUUUUUUUGCCUGGUUGGAUGUGUUUUUGUUUUAUUUUAAUGCAUAAAUUAUUAAACUUCAAUC